AUGGCCGACAUUGACAUCGACAUCGACUCAGACGACGACUUUGAGAAUGUCGAUCUGGCCGACUACGACCUGAACUACUCCGAGGGAACGGUCAGCGGUCAGAUCGACGAUACUCCAGCCUCCACCCCUCCUUCCACUUCCACCACUUCCGCGCGACAGCCAGGAAAAUCCUUCCCGUGUCCUUGGGAAAAUUGUCACAAAUCGUUCAAUCGUCAGGCUAGGCUUAAGGAGCAUCUGCGAUCACACACAAAUACUCGCCCUUUCAAAUGCCCCUACGUGCCAUGUACCAAGGCGUUCCUCCGUGAUUCUCACCUCAAACACCAUGUCAAGAGCCAACAUGUUAAGUUGCGUGACCAUCCAUGCACUUUUGAAGGCUGCGACAAGAGUUUCGUAACGGCUACAAGAUUGCGCAGACAUGUGGAAACUCACCAAGACAAAGAUCGGUUCCGUUGUAACCACCCCGAUUGUGACCAGACCUUCAGAAAACAAGGCACCUUAGACCGGCAUAUAUUGUCUUUUCACAAGAACAUCAAGCCAUUUCCAUGUGAGGAGACAGAUUCGGUCACUGGCCAGCCAUGCACAAAGGCAUACGACACCGCCGAGAAAUUGCGCACCCACCAGCGCGCCAAGCAUGAUCCCUCUCGAUUUUCCUGUGAUGAUUGCAAGGAAUUGAACGAAGCUCAUCGCGCAUCUGGACAAUUCGAUCGGAUAGUCGUGGCAUAUUUCCCAACGUACGGUGAAUUUCAGGCUCAUCUGAAGAUUGUCCACCCUCCGACAUGCUCUCACUGUCCUACGUCCUUCACCACCAACAAGGAACUGACUCGACAUCUGGAAAUCCAGCAUGGCAUUCUCCUGCCUACUUCGUCCAAAAAGGCCCCGUCCUUCCCUUGUACACACGGCUGUGGCAAGGUCUUUACCAAGAGAGGCAAUUUGAAUGUCCAUGUCAAAACGGUUCACGAGAACAGCCGGGACUUUGUGUGUGGUAAAACUGAAGUUGCCUUGCCAGAUGAGCUUCAAAACCAGGAGGAUUUGGUUGUUGAAGGUUGUAACCGUGGUUUUACCACCAAAGCCAGCCUUGAAGAGCACAUCCGCACCGCACACCUUGGCCUUGAAAGUAAGCGUAUGAUUCGUGAGAAGAAACGCAAAGCAGAACAGUCUGUCGAUGAAGGUCCAGCUUCUGUGCCUCGUAAACGAAAGGCUCGCAAAGACAAAGGCGCCCGAAAGACUUCAGCUAUAGACGGGUUGGUUGGUGGCCCAGGGAAGCAAGAGGAUUUCUUGUACUAUGGCCUUGGAGAUUACGAUCAUGGUGAUGUCGACAAUGUCUCGGAUAAUGAUGAAGCCCUAUCGGGAUCCAUGACUAUGCUGGGAGAUGAGAUCUACCACUCCGGCAAUGCGUACCAUUACCUAUCCGGAGAAUAUCCGACUUCCAACCCACCCAAUAGUUUAGCCACCAGCAAACAAUCCAACACACAUGCGACCCGUGCUGACGACCUUGCGGACGAUAACAUCUUUCCUUUCGAAGAUUACAACUUUAACGGCCCGUCAGAUUACAUCGUUAAUGACGACUUCUAUGGUGCUUUCGAACAGCACACCUUGGACCCGCUUUAG